UUUUGAUGAAGAAGUAAGCAAGCUCUCGGAUGAGCAGGACAUGGAGAGCCGAGGCUAGCAUUAGUCAUGUAAGCUGCGACCAUGUUCAAGAACGCAUAUGGACGACAGCGUGUGUUGGCUUUGCGAUGCAACAACGCAAGCGCUUCAUCAGUCGAUGCUCGUAGAAGCGAAGGUGGAAAAUAUAUUUGCUCGGUAGCGCUGCCGUCGGAGGAAGCUCUAGCGAAUAAGAGGUGCCCGAGAUCGGAACAGGAGGGGAAGGGAGCAUCGUCACUGGCGGGGGCAUUUGCUGCGCAAAAAUAUCGAGACACCCCACGCCGGGCGCCAGUGCUCUACAUAUACCCCAGAUACCCUUUGCUUUGCCUUUCUUUUGCACUUCAAUUGAUCCUCCAGAAUUGUUGAAGUAUACAUUCAAAAUGGGCGGCCAAAAGACUGGUGAGCACACUUACAGUGCUACACU